CCUCACUUUAUGGUAAAGCAAAGGUUCUUAAAGUAGAAAUUGACAACCAAACUAUGAAUUCCUAUAAAUAUUGGAGUUGAAUGAUUGAUGAAGCAAGUUGUGAAGCUAAGUUUAGCCAUCAGUGAGUAGAAAAUUUCAGACAUAACAUUCAAUGUUUUCUUGAUACCAUCAUCUAAACUUUGAUACCAGUACUACAAGAGAUAGUUAGAUACUUAGAUUCCAAGAAAAUGUUGAAAGAAGUUUCAGUGCUGUUACUUCUUUUGGUAUUCAUUAUUGCUGCUAUGGCUUCUGAUCCAGAUCCAGUGAUGGACUUCUGCAUAGCCAAAUCACCAGAAAACGUCUUCGAAUGCAAGAACUCGUCCGCGGCAACCAUAGAAGAUUUCACCUUCUCUGGGAUAAAGUUUCCAGGGAACUUCAAAAAAACUGGUUUUUCUUCUGUGGCUGUGAAUUCAAAUGUGUUUCCGGGUUUGAACACACUGGGGGUGUCAUUUGUGAGAGCAGAUUUUGAUGUUGGUGGUAUCAAUGUUCCUCACUACCAUCCAAGAGCAACAGAGGUUGCUUUUGUGCUGGAGGGGAAGAUUUAUUCAGGAUUUGUUGACACGAAGAACAAGGUUUUUGCCAAAGUUCUGGAGAAAGGGGAGGUAAUGGUUUUUCCAAGAGGAAUGCUGCAUUUUCAGUUGAAUGUUGGAGAUGGCCCUGCUACUAUUUUGGGAAGCUUUGAUAGCCAGAAUCCUGGUUUGAUGAGAAUUCCAAAUGCAGUUUUUGGUUCUGAUAUAAAGGUGGAGCUUUUGGAGAAGGCUUUUGGAUUGAAUUCUAAGGAGCUUGCUAAGUUGAAGAAGAAGUUUUCUUCUUAGAUAUGUUCUUUCUCUUAAUGAAAAAAAAAUUUUGAGGCCUGAUAAAUUGAAUGAUCAAGGUGUAAUCACAUCAUGCACAGUGGAAUUUUUUAUGUAUUGCAGAACAUUGCUGACCAUUAGCUGAAAUUGUUAAUUUCCCAUCAGUGAGAAGUUAUUUGAUUAAUUUGUACUUUAUUAAUUUUGAUAAUUGAUCCCAAUAU